ACAAAUAAAUUUAAUAUGAUUUUAUGUUUUGUCCUUGGUGUAAACAACAAAGGACAAUCAAUAAUUUUAUGUCAAUCUUUAUUUGAUAACGAAAGUUUAGAAACGUUUAACUGGUUUUUUAAGUGCUUAAAAUCAGCAGUUUCUGAUUCGUCAAAAGUGAUUAUGAGUGAUCAUGACUUAGGAUUAGAAUCAGCUAUAGAACAACAAUUUCCACAAACAAAACAUUUUUUGUGUUUAUUUCAUAUUUAUCAAAACCUUAAUAAAAACAUAAAACCAAAAUUAAGAAAAAAAUAUAAUGAUUUUCUUGUUGAUUUUAAUAAUCUUUUAGAUUCCAUCUCAAUCAGUUCAUUUGAAAUAUUGUAG